AUGUCCAUCACACUUGUUUCCAACUCUUACCUUGACGAGAACUCAGCCAAGAUUCGCGCGAAGCCUGUACCCUGGGAGGGAUACCAACGCGCUGGACUCAUCACUCCCGACGAGCUCGCUCUUAUUAAGAAGGUUGACCGCCAGACCCGCCCUAAAAUCGAAUCUCUUCACGCCUCCGAUGGCCAGACAUACGCCCUACUCUACCUUCGUCUAUUGAAGAAGCUCCAGAGGAUAGACACGCAGUCUUGCAUACUCGUUCUGAUCGCGGACGCUCUUACUGACCACGAGGAACGGAUACCCUUGUUCACGACUGCCUCGCAAUCAGACCCAGAGUUACCGUACAGUCCAUUACUCCGCAUCUUGGAAUCACAAGAUGACUUUGUGCAGCUCAAGGCUACACAAAUCCUCACCGUCUUACUCAGCUCGGAGAAGUCACCCCUACAAGUGCAACAGCUCCAACCCUUCCUGAACACCCUCGCCCAGUUCGUUGCUAACAACAACUUGAACAAGAGAGAUGUUGCAGUUCAGUGUCUUGAGGCCGUCUUGCCCCGUCCUGAAGUCAGGAGAGCUGUCUGGGCCAACACUUCGCUUGUCGCUGGAUUGGCUGAUAUCUUGAAGCAUAACUCCACGCCGCAGAUGUCGUACCAAGUGGGAUUCUGCUUUUGGCUACUCACCUUCGAGCAGGAAGUAGCGGAACAGAUUCAGAAGCGGUUCGACAUAAUACCUCUCCUCGUCGAUGUCGCCCAAGGAGCAGCCAAAGAGAAGGUUAUCCGAGUAAUUGUCGCGACGUUCCGAAAUCUCGUCUCCAAAGCGCCGCAAGCAAACCUUCCCGCGAUGCUUGUGGCACAGCUGUUGCCGUUCGCGAAGAAUCUUUCCGGACGCAAGUGGACCGAUGAGGAUAUCGUCGAGGACAUCCAGUUCCUUCGCGAUGAGCUGAGCGCGCGAUUCGAUAGCCUUACGACGUACGACGAGUAUCGCUCUGAGCUGCUGUCGGGUCACCUCUCAUGGACCCCAGUACAUGAGUCCGACCUCUUCUGGAAGGAGAACGCGACAAAGCUGAACGACAAGGACUACGAGCUGCUGAAGAUUUUGAUCAGGCUCCUCAAGGAAUCCAACGACCCAACAGUGCUCGCCGUGGCGGCGCACGACGUUGGACAAUACGUCAAGCACUAUCAGCUUGGGAAGAAGGUGCUGACAGACUUGGGAGCGAAGACUCGUGUGAUGGAGCUGCUGUCGCACUCUGACCCUGAGGUCCGAUACCAAGCACUCAUUUCAGUGCAGCGACUCGUCAGCCACCCAUGGGCUGGUGUGUAA